CUUUGUUUGGCGCGGUGGAUGCAAGGUGGAUGGAGCAAUCAUCCGUCCGAAACUGUUUCCGUUCUCGCAUCCCUCCGAAUCUCCCUCUCUCUAUCCCUCCUCUAUCCUUCCCGCUCUUGCUCCCCCUCUCUUCCUCGCCCAGCUCGCCUCUCGUCAAUCUCGUCAAUUCCGCCGACAGGUCCGCGAAUGCCAUCAAGCCAAAGCGAUCUCUGGCGCCUGUCGUCACAUGAGAAAAACCCCGGUCUGCCUUCAAGCGAGGAUGUCGAAGCAGCGCCGCUCCAACAAGAUGCUCCCUGUUCGAAGGGAAGGAAGCGCGCGCCUUUCGUGCGAAGGGGGCUCAUGGUUUUGACCUUCUUGACGGCUUCCAUAUGGCUAUCACCUCUCAUUGGACGAACACCCAGCCUCACCCGCUACUGGUCCCAGUCAGCCACGCCUCUCGACACCCAGUGCGAUACCCUUCUCACCGCUUCCGCUGGCACUUACACAGUCCGUCUGGAGACUCUCGUCUCGUCCCUCCCCCCAUCCACUGUCUGGGUGGCAGAGCCUGGCGCAUCAGCCUCAUACUUCAUCGGAUCAUUUUCGUCCGAAGAGUGGUGGCUCUCUGAACGCCCAUUCCUCGUCGUUGUCGGUCAGUCGUUUGAUGGCCGUCCCCGGGUGUACCUGGUCACGCCGACGUUCGAAGCCCUCCGAGCGCGUUUGUUGGAGCUUCCCGAGGAGGUACGGCAUAUCGCCCGGUGGGUCGAGUGGAGGGAGGACCAAAGCCCUUACCAGGUUCUUGGCGCUGCCCUCGAAGAUGAUGGCGAGACCUUCGUGCUUGAUCCUAUGGUCCGCCACUUCGUCGGACAAGGCCUGCGGAAAGUACUCCAAGAGGAGACCGACGAGGAGGUAUUGGCGAGCGUCUCUCUCAUCAGAGAACGCAAGACUACCCACGAAGUCGACUUGUUGAGGUGCGCCAACCAAAAGACGCUCCACGCCAUUCGCCAGACGAGAAAGAGAAUGUACUUGGGCAUCAGCGAGUCGCAAACGAGUAACAUACUCGAAGAAGAGAUGGCCAAGACGGGUCUUAUUGGAGGGGAGGGGUUGGUCUUGUUUGGCGAGGAUGCAGCGCUUCCGCAUGGUUCUGGUACCAACCGUCGCCUGGGAGAGUCUGACCUCAUCUUGAUCGAUGCAGGAGGCAAGUGGGGAGGCUAUGUCUCGGACAUUACUCGAACAUUCGCCCUCCCCAAAUCCAAGAUCCCUCAGCACUACAUCGACCUCUGGGAGACGGUCCGGCAAGCUCAAUACGCAGCCUUUGAGUUCCUCAAGGGAACCAACGCCUCCUCUCCACCAAAGCUUGCUGAUCUCGACCGAUCGGCCCGAAACGUGGUGUCAGCCUGGCACCGCUCCGAGCCUUCGUCCUCUUCCCCAGCCGUGGACCCCACGGAUGACGCUUCAGUACCAGAUUUUAGCAUCUUCACCCACCGGCUUGGGCACGGUAUCGGUCUUGAGGGACAUGAAGUGCCAUAUCUCGUCCAAGGGCCUCUCGGCGAGCGACGAGUGCAGAGUGGACAAGUGUUUAGCCUCGAGCCUGGGAUCUAUCUUCCGCAAGACGGUGAGGAGGUGCAUGGCAUGAGGGGUGUGGGGGUGAGGUUGGAGGACUGUUUUAUUGUGACGGAAGAUGAGCAGGGGCGGCUGGGUGGAGAGUGGCUUUCGGGGCCGAUAGGGGCGUGGGGGGAAGAACCCUAA